AUGACGUGUGUGAGGGAGUCGGAGCUCUUUGGCCGUGGAGCGAUGUCACGCUCAGAUUUCUGCGAGUUUCCGUGUGAAACGCAGACGUGAUCACGCAGCGGGGAUUACUCACCUGUCUGCGGACACUGAUCGGUAACGGACUGUGAGUGCAGCGGAACCGGAUCCUGGUUCUCAGCAUUUAUGGUCACAUGAAUGUCAGCGCUGCAGGCCAGAUGCCAGCGAUGGCGGAGCUCGGCGGUGAGAGCGAUAGCAUGCCAAAGCGGAUGGCCCUGAUCUGCUUCCUGUCUCUGGUCAUGCUGAUGAGCAUCUUUGGAAACCUGCUGGUCAUGGUGGCCGUCUGCAAGGACAGACAACUCAGGAAAAUCAAGACCAACUACUUCAUCGUGUCGCUGGCGUUUGCCGACUUGCUCGUGUCGGUGCUGGUGAUGCCGUUCGGCGCCAUUGAGCUGGUCCACCAGCACUGGAUCUACGGCGAGACCUUCUGUUUGGUGAGGACUUCUCUGGACGUUCUGCUCACCACCGCGUCGAUACUACACCUGUGCUGCAUCGCCCUGGACAGAUACUACGCUAUCUGCUGCCAGCCUCUGGUCUACCGGAACAAAAUGACGCCCAUGCAAGUGGCUUUAAUGAUCGGCGGCUGCUGGGUCAUUCCCACUUUCAUCUCUUUCCUGCCCAUCAUGCAGGGCUGGAACAGUAUCGGCAUCGACCACCUGAUUAACGAGCGGCGCUUCAACAACAGCAGCAACACUACGUCCUGCGUCUUCAUGGUCAACAAGCCGUACGCGCUCACCUGCUCCUUGGUGGCCUUCUACAUCCCUCUGGUCCUCAUGGUGCUGGCCUACCAGAGGAUCUACAUCACAGCCCGGGCGCACGCCCUGCAGAUCAGUAUGCUGCAGCGGGCCGGAGGAGCUGGUACCAGUGCCGCCGGGACUUCUGGUGGGGUCGGUGCCGGUGCACCGGAUUCUGCCGACCAUCAGCGCAACCACCGCAUGCGAACAGAAACUAAGGCGGCAAAGACGCUGUGCAUCAUCAUGGGCUGCUUCUGCCUGUGCUGGGCGCCGUUCUUCGUUACCAAUGUUGUGGACCCCUUUAUAGACUACACCGUGCCCGAACAGCUGUGGGCUGCCUGCCUGUGGCUGGGCUACAUCAACUCCAUGCUGAACCCCAUCCUCUACGCGUUCCUCAACAAGUCCUUCCGCCGUGCCUUCCUCAUCAUCCUGUGUUGCGGGAGGCAGAGGUACCGCAGACCGUCCAUCCUCGGCUCCGGCGCUCCAUGCACAGCCACGCAGAUAAACGGCUCCACGCACGUGCUCAAGUAUUGCGUGCUCCACAAUGGGAACCACUCAGAGCAGGAGAAGAAGUCCCUGCACACCCACAUAGAGUCUCACGAGUCCUGCUUGUGACCAACGACACGGACACCGCCGCCUUCACACAUCUGGAGCUGAAAUCCGUCAUCGAUGCUACGAAUCUAGAGCCCAGCAGGACUUUAGCGGUGUGUCAGAGGAGCGGGGCACUGCCAGUGGGCCAUCUGGUUUCAAAGCUCCGCCGAGACUUGACCCGCCCGUGAGGAAGCAUUUAAAGCCAGCGCUGUGUCGCAUUGGUUCUGCCGUCUGCAGAGGCCGGGUGACCCUGGGCGGAACCAGGAUGGCGAUGUCAUCAGCGGGCCGCUGGCCACCACACAUGGCGGUGGCGUCUGUAGGAGGAUGUGAUUAAUGACUUAGAAGUGAAUCAUGUGGCCAAAGCGUUCCGAUGACACUCAGCGGACCCGUUUGUGAUUGCGUUGUUUCCACGAUGUCCCUGUAAAUGAGCCUUUAAACCAAGUGUUUCAGUUUCUAACUGCUUUUUCUGAAUAUCCACACAAAGUCUCAUGAAUCCUCACUCGGCCGAGAGCAAAAGGUUGCAUUUAAGCCUUGAUUUAAACUGUCCAAGUGCAUUAUUACAGAGGCUGCUGUGCUCAUACGCCACCAUCUGAGUGAUUGUCUCUCUUCCACAGUGAGAGCUGCAAUGAGUGAUUGGAAGUGUUGGUCAUUUCGGUGUUGUCAGAGGUGUUUGUGAGGCUCUCAAAGGUGAUUCAGCCCGCGUUACAUCCAUCCCAACCUGACGCACCACGUCCCCUCUGCAUAAACAAGUGUCUGCAUUUGCACUCAUGAAACCUGAACAAGCCGACCGCUCGCAGUCACGUCUGUUUCCCUGCGUGCCUCCAUGCAGGACUCUUCCUGCUGCUGCUGUUGUGUUUUUUCUCAUUAGCACAAGAAAUCGGAUUAAAGGCUGUCACACAUAGGCCGUGUCAUUUCACACGAUGAAUUUGUCCCUUUUGUUUUUCCAGAUUAAACUGAGUCUGACCAAUUGGAUCACUGCGUUUGGUAACAAAUCGCAGCAUGUGAAAAAUUCCAAAUUUAGUUUUUUGCAAGGCCUCGAGUCGAGGAAGCUUCCGUUAACGCGGCCCAGCACCUCUAGAGUCUCUGAGCACUACGACACGCUGGACCCUGGUUAAAAGUAAACUCACCAGAGCAUGAAUGUCACCGCUAUUGUCCCCUAUCACCCUCUCUUGUGCUGAAGGUGGCUGAGAGACUUGGGCAUGUGAGGCUCGAGCUGCAGCUCUGCGACGUGUACAUCUUCAUUUUACAGUCGUUGAUUUCUUAGGCGCUCACAGGCAGGUCUGACACACCCGGUUAAAUGGUGACCCGGCUCCAAAACACACACAGCGUUAGAAAAUAGCAGGAGAUGAAAGACAAGCACGUUCCAGAGGCAGAUCCUGUGCUUUGGCGGGACACUGAUGAAAUUAAUGUUGCUGCCGCGGCUUCUCUGCCGCUGAUUUAAAUUGGCCCUUUUUGCUAACAUUGUGGUCGUGACAGUCCAACGAACCCAGGUCACUCCAGGGCUGCUUAGUAUCUGCUUACUGUAGAGAUUUGUGGUCCUCUUUUGGUCAAAAUGUUCUUCACAAAAAAACAAUUGAAGGUUUGACUGUGAGCAAACAUGAAAGUUUAACAUUGGAGCAGGCUCUCCUCCUGCUCUCUUUACUGGAAACAGUGGUGCUGGAGCACGUUCAGCUAAUUCUACUUCUUGUUUCUGGCUCUUCUUUUUUUGCUGAUAAAAACAUUCCUCUCACUGCACAGAGCUGUUAAUAAAAAGAUAUCUGUAAAGCAACAAAA